GAAGCUGCUGGGAGCUGUUGGACAAAUUGAAAUUUUUUGAGGAUUGUUUAAAAAUAUUUCCCAUAAAGUUCGUUAUUUCUAGUAUGAAGCAGUUUAUAAGCCUCUUUUUCAUAUUAUCCAAGUCAAAAUUUACUGUAUCCAAAUCUUUACGCCCCAAAUUAACCCACCAUGAUGACCGAAUCCGAACAGUCCGAAAUGCAGGAGCAGCAGUUCCGGGAAAUGUUUGAAAUGUUCGACCGCGACGGUAGCGGUUCGAUUUCGACGACCGAGCUCGGUGAUCUGAUGCGCGUGCUGGGACUAAACCCAACGAUGGCCGAGCUGGAACAGAUGGUGUACGAAGUCGACUCGGACGGCAAUGGGCGCAUCGAGUGGGAAGAGUUUGUGGCACUGAUGAAGAACAAAUCGCGCGAACCGGUCGACGAGAAGGAGCUGUACGCCGCGUUUAAAGUGUUCGACCGCAACGGGGACGGGUUUCUGUCCGUUGACGAGCUGUCCGAUGUGAUGCAAAACUUUGGCGAGCGGUUGACGCAGCGCGAGCUCGAGGACCUACUGGCCGAGGCCGAUAUUGACGGUGAUGGGAGGAUAAAUUAUGAGGAGUUUGUUUACAUGCUGAUGAAGUGAGCGGUUGGGGGAAAAAUCAACCAGCGAGUCUCCCAGGGCCAUAAUACUGGAACCGGCGCCACUGAUUGCGGCUGCAGCCGCUGCAAUUUGCUGCGAUUGCGUUGAAUUCCCGCCCGACGUGGGCGGUUCGUUGCUUUGC